AGGACGACUCCACAGAAGCAGAGAUUUAUCAACGGCAAGGAUGAGGAAGGCUGCAGUCCUGUUUCUGGCGUUCAGCUGCUGUGUAUGUAAUGCACAAGUUAAUGAAAACAAUGACAAAGUCGAUCAGUGCUCAGGAUCAACUGGCUGCUUUGAAACCUGCUCCCUCAAUUGCGUGACUCAGAGCCUGGGAGCGUUGGGAAAGACGGUCACAAACAUGGCAGAAAAAGUGACACACCUUGAGACUAAGUUGCAAAAGGCUGAAAACGAUGUCCUGGAACUGCGGAGCCUGAUUGGAGGCACACCUCAGGUGGCCUUUUCUGCAGCUCUCCGGGAUUCUGGCAGUGGAAAUAUUGGACCAUUCUCCACUGCUACCCCACUGAAGUAUAAGAGGGUCUUCUCCAACACUGGCAAUAGCUACAAUCCCUCAACAGGCAUUUUCACAGCAGUGGUCAAGGGAACGUACUUCUUUCGAUUCUCCAUGUUCAACAACCUCGAUCCUGUUCCCAACUCUGUUGCGAGCCUCAUGAAAAAUGGCGUGCGGCUGACAUCUGUCUGGGACACCUCAGGGUCUGACGCAAACGACAUGGGCAGUAACGCUGUGGUCAUCGCCCUUGAGGUGGGAGACAAUGUGUAUGUGGAGCUCCCGGCAAACAGGGUACUCUACGAUGAUGCCAUGAACUACAACACCUUCAGUGGUUUUCUGCUCUUCACUACAUAAAUCAAGCAAUGAGACUUCAGGGCUGGGAAUACCUUUUUAGCAAAUUAGGAAAUGUAAAUGAAAUUUGUUUGAGACUUUCAUCAAUAUGAUGUUUUGAAUUCACAGUUUUCUACAAGUGUACUAACAGUUUGAUUAUUUGCACUGAUUGUCCAAUACGAAUUUUAUACACAAUAGAAAAUAAAAUACAAGAGAACAACA